CGCGGACGAGACGCCGGCGAAGGGGCGUGAAUUCUCGUUCCUUUGGCAGACGCAGGUAAACACGGCGGCCAGCGUGUCCGUGCGCUCGCGGUUAGUGUGGCACCCUCGCUCUCCCCGCGCUCAAGUGGAGAGCACCGCCAGUCGGCACUUGUGUGAGUGAGCCUCUGUGUGCGUGCGCGUGGAGGAGGCCAGGCCGCCACUAGCCGAUCUGCGCCUCUCUCCCGGCAUUUAUUCGUCCGCCGGGCUGUGUGUGUUGCUCCUGUGUCGCGCCGGUUGCUCGUUGACAAGUGCUAAGGGAGAGAACGAGCAGGAGACACGCCUGCAACGUUUGCACGUGAACGUUCAACGCUCGCGGGAAGCGACUCGGAACGUCUAGACCUCAGACCGAUCCUUUGUCCUCACACUCCCUGCAGGAAGGCCAGAGCAACGACCUCUAUUCCCAACCCAUGAUAAGAACAAACCGCCAAUCCCGGCUUCCCUCCACAACCCCCAGCGAGAACGAAAAGUGACAAAGACACCUGCUUGCGAGGCCGGUUUUAUGAGGAACGGAAUCACCGGGCAGGGAAGCGAGGCCCGUGCGUGAAGGCAGUGUCGGAUGGCGCGUCACUCCUCCCCCACUCCCCCCUUCGGCGUCUCGAACUCCUCCAGCCAUGACCUCCGGGGCGAUCUCACCGAGCAUCCUGGAGAAGGCAGGACUCGCGCGCUCCCUCGUGUUUCUGGGUCAGAAGAGGUCACCGUCUUAUGUGACCGAGACCACCAAGUUGCCCUCUGAUCUGGCCGACGGCGAGGUUCUGGUCCGCGUGGAGCUGGCCACCAUCUGCGGCUCGGACCUGCACACGCUCAAGGGCCUGCGGAAGCCGCCCUACCCAUGUGUCCUGGGUCACGAGGGCUGCGGCGAGGUGGUGGCGACGCAGAGGGAGGAGGUGAAGGUGGGCGAGAGAGUGACGUGGGGCGUGUGUGCAUCUUGCAACAGCUGCUUUCUCUGCUCGCUCGGGUUGCAGAAUAAGUGCCUCUCUUUGUUAAAGUGCGGCCAAACCCUCAUCUCCGCCGCCACCCUCUUCGGCACCUACACCACCCACGUCCUGUGUCGGCCAGGUACGCCCAUCGUCUCUCUCCCGCCCGUCCUCACGCCCAAACUCGCCGCCCCUAUCAACUGCGCUUUGGCCACGAUGGUUCACGCCCUCAGCAAGGUGCCGCCCACGCCCAAAGUAGGCCAGCUCGGUGCCCAAGUGGCGUUGAUUCAGGGUGCAGGUAUGCUUGGUAUGUAUGGUGCAGCGUUACUAAAAGAAGCAGGUUUUACUAAGGUCUUCUGUGUAGACGUAAAUCGGUCAAGACUUGGCCGAGUUGCAGAAUUUGGGGGCAUUCCGGUCCAUCCUGAACACGAGGAGGAACUAGUGGAAGCUGAUAGCGUUGAUGUCGUCAUGGAAGUUUGCGGACACAAAAAUGUCAUACCUCAGGGAAUAAGGGCUCUAAGGACAGGAGGAACGUACAUGUUAGUGGGGCUCGUGCACCCGGACUCCAAUCUGGAUGUCACCGCUUAUUCCAUUAUCCAAAAGUGUCUUACGAUUGUUG